AUGAUCCUGUUGAUCGAUACAUUCUCCAUCAAGAUAAAACCAAGACUAAAACGGAUGAUGUUGGCUUAUUACCCAGCUCAGACACAGCGUCAUAUCACGUGCUAUAAAUCCUGGGGGUUGAGCGUACUCAUUUAUUCAGUCAGUCAGUCAGUCAGUCAGUGCGUGUAUUAUUAUAAUAAUAAUUAUAUUUAUUUUCUUUAUCACCAACUAUUGCCAAUUGCCGAUUGCCUAUUGCCUACUGCUAUAGCCAUUAGUAUUAUCGAUUCUGCUCAUCGGUCUUGGAACAUUCGGAGGCACAGCGUCAGCUUUGGCCUUGCUAAUGAUUAA